UUUGUUUGCCAAAUCGCAGAUUAAAACAGACCUUUGUCUUGCAUCCUUCGUACAUUAUAUAAUUACAAAUUUUAUUUUCAACCUGAAAUACUUUAAAAAUCUGUUACAAUGAAAAUCAGAAUUGUAAUCCUCUUGUUGGCGUUGAUGUCCAUCAUCGAAGCAAGGCCUCAAGUUCCAGACCAAGUGCAACAAUUUUUGCAACAGACAUUUUUUAACCCUAUUCUUGAAAAAGUAGAACAAGGAGGAGAAGCUGCGUCUCGAGUCAUCGGUCAUAUAACCAAUAUAACUCGUGGUCACGCUGAACACGACCAGGAUGGUCAAAACUCUGGAGUACAAACAAACGGAUUUCCAGAUUUAUCACCCGUUGAUCAGAUUUUAUCCAAAAUCAAGGAUCAAGAAGAGAACCAGGAAUCGUCAACUGAUUUGACGACGACUGCAUCUACAAAUUCGGAUAUUGAAAUUGAACAAGUAACAAUAAUUCCUACCCAAGCCCCAGCCAAAAAUAAAACUCGAAUAGUAAAUCACUUGGACAAAGAAGCAAUUGAUAAAAUGAAAGCCAUGUGUCCAGAACUUGUGAAUGCCACGGAUUUUGAGAUUGUUCGAUACAGAUAUUUUGAGCCGAGGGGAGGUUGUUUCCGAUACGGAUUUCAAGGACCUUGUGGUAAUGGCAUGAAGCUCUUCAUCAAGGAACACGGAAGCAUCUAUGGUCAAUGCGACUGCCGACUAGAUGCAAGAAUGUGGAUUUAUCACGAGGAAAGCCUCGCCUGUUACAAAAUAUUCUCACAGGGUGGAUGCUCAGAGGGGAAUUACAUGGACUUGACAGAAGAUGGGAAACCUGGCUGUGUAGAAAAUCCUUGUGCUGCUAAUGGCACAGAAUUUUAUAAACUCCGUGGCGUGUGCGCCCAGAUAGGAAAACCAAAUGAGGAAAUUUGCAAGGACAAUUCUGUGAUUGAUUUUAUUCCGAAGAAACGAACCCCUGAUUGCAUCAAGACUCAAGGAAUUGUCACUGGCGUUGGAAUUUUACCUUGCCGGCCGGGCUCAGUUCUAGCCGUUCAUGGAAAAUGUCAUAUUGAGGAGUGGGAUUUCGGCAAGGAAGAUUAGCUUUGAAUUAAAUUUUUAAAACUUUCAUCUCUAUUCUGAAUCAAAAUAUUUAGCAGUUAUGCAUAUUUUGUUGAGAUUCUUUAUUUCUUCAAAUGAACAAAUAUAAUGAUUCAUUAAAGAAAAUUCCGCGAA